UGGAAGAGGAAGAGUUUUUCCUGAACGGGAAGUGAUUCACGAUAUUGAGGACAUUGAGAUACCCUGACUUCAUCAUGGAUAGAUCUGACAGAUUGGAGCUAAUAGACAUAACAGUUGAAACUUUUCGCUUUCAGACUGAGAACUUUUUCAGCAAGUUGACUGCUGAGCAGUGGAACCUGCUAAAGUCGGAAACACCAGACAGUGACACAAAGUUUCUGCUGGCAGAACUUCUUCUGAACCUGACAUCGUCUGUGUCCAUGGACCUGGUUAAGGAACAUGGACACAGCCACUUGCCCUUGACUCCAGAGAGUGUCCAGGCCAGUCUGGGAGACGCACUCCGUCAAGGUUUAGCACCAGGCAGCUUAGAAAAGUCUGUGAGUUUGGAUCAACUCACAGAUUUGGUUGCAGAGGAGAUAACAGAGAGGGUCAAUUCCCACCUGUCUGAGUGCUCCACCAGUGCAGGCUCCACCGGACCAACACAGAGUCACAUGACUGCACCCAACAAACUUGAAGAAAUGAUCUGUUGUGUUUGCAAAGUGUUGAUAUCUGCUCCCAACAUCGAGGAGUUGUUCAAGCCAAAACUUUGCAGUCAAAAGACAUUUGAUAUUAUAGACGAACUCCCUCAGUGGGAAACAUCCACUUUAGACAGUUCUUGCACUGACAGAUCAAUAUCCUCAGUAUCAAGAGUCAGCAGCAAGGAUGUGAGCGAGAUCACGGUGCCACUUGUGGAUGAAGUGUUCGAAUCUGUCUUGACUGAGCUGUUGUCUGAAUCUUUUUCUCCGGAGUCUAAAUCUAUUUCAGACGAAAUCUCUGAGAUAGUUAGUGAAGAGAACAGCGUAAAAACAUCUGAGUCGAGUAGAAGCUCCAAAUCCUUAAAGAGCGACAGCUUUUGGAAAGGAGUGGGGAAGAAGAUCAAGGAAGUCAUGUCAAAGGUUUUUGCCACAGUAUCGAUGAUCAAGAUGGGGGCACAAGUCAGGAAGGACGUCAUGGAGGAGACCAACGUCGAAAGGAGAGAGUCAAUUAAGCCUGUGAUGGAUAGUGUCGAGGCUCUUGUUCUGACAGAGAUGGAGCCCACAAAUUCACCUGAAAGUGUCAAAGCCCUCAAAGAAGAACUCAGUGUUGUCCUCUACAACUUUGUCACAAAUGGCAAUUUAAAGAUGAGUCCAGGUGCAGUGAUGACAGAUGUCGUUCCUGAGGCCCAUAAAAAGAUGUACAUGGAAAUACAGGAGAAAGUGUUCAGCUACCUGCUAUUGAUAGGCUGGUGGUUCUUAAUACAGGCCGGUGACAACACCAACAAGGUGACAUCUGUUGUAACGGAGACUGAAUCAAUCACAGAAUCUCCAGUCUCAGAGAACGACAGCGCAAAAUAUCUUGAAGAGUCCCGCAAGAAAAAGUACAUCAAUCUCUUCAUCAACCUGCUCGUCACACGAGUGUAUGCAAAGGCUAAAGUGGACCAGUCCUGUUAUGACCCGAGAGACGUCACUCAAAACCUGUUUGAAAAAACAUGGGCCGAGGUUCAGGACUUUGACGCUGACUUUGAGAUCUCCCCAGAAAUAAUCGUCAACCUCCAGAAGCCUGUUUUCAAGGACCUCUGUAAGAAGUGGAGCUGUCCAGAAAUGCUGCUUGUUGCCAUUUGCAAGAAGGAACCAGAAGUCGAGCGAAGCAUCGCCACCUCUAUGAAAAGCAACAUGUCCAAAAGAUCCAGAGCAUUCUUCAAAUGGUAGAGAUGAGAGUCCCUGAGCCUUAACGAUCACAGAUCCAGGGCAGCGGCCACAUCGUGGAUCCUGAUCGAGGUGGCAGCUGAUCGUGGAUCCUGAUCGAGGUGGCAGCUGAUCGUGGACUAUGACUACAACAAGACGGCUCGAUACACGGACAAUAACUCCUCGCUUCAUUUACCUUCUAUCACUCUUAUUUUUCUGACGUUCUCUAUAUCUCUCUUCUCUCACGUGGCAUCUACUGCACUUCUGUCCAUCGUGGGAGGCGGAUCCUCUCUGUGAGGUUUCUAUGUUCUUUUUCCCUUUUUAGAAGGGUUUUUCCUUGUUGAGAACAGAGGAUGUCAAAUAAAAUAUGAUCGAUUGA